GCAUGGAUGACAGUGUCCUCAGGUCGCGAAGCCGAGCCGUUCCUAAGAUGCCCACAUUCUCUGACUUGGAUAGCUCUUUGGAUGGUGAAGGCAGUCCUGGUAAACAUCAGCAAAGCAACAGAGACAAACACAUCACCAGCAAUGGUCUGAAACUAACUGAUGAUGAUGUGUUUUGACCUGUGGUACAGUUGUUGUGGUUAACCGUGGUAGGAAGUGACUGGGUAUAGAUGACUGUCUGCUGAUGACUCCCAUGCUGAUCAUCAGGAAAAUGUAAUCGAGCCGCUCCUGAGAAAUGACGAUUGUGAAACACUUGUCGAGUUUUCUGUGUGCUCAGAGAUCACUGGAUACUGACAAAAGGUUAAGAAUUGGGAAAUGAUGCUUCCUGCGUUUGUUACAGUGAAGAGUUCAGUUACUUCUUCUUUUCUGUAUUGUUGUCAUUCACUUGCUUGAUGGGCGGGGUGCUGCUGCUGCUGUUCUUUGACUUAAAUGAACUUGUUCAGCAUCAGACAACUCUCAGGACUAAUGACCUGUAAUGACCUUAACCGCCACAAAGACCAAUUUGGUCAUCCUGCUGAACACUGUUCUGCUAUAUACUGUCGUAGGCGUGUCACCUUUUGAAUUUUGCAACUUUGGAUCUGAGAAACUGACGUCAUUUGACUUCAGUUUUCCAGACUUGUUGCACAUUUACGGUACAUUGAUCAAAAUGUCAGUACCCUGGCGAAUAUUUUUAACAACCACUGAAUAUAGUUUCAAAGUAGACUGUAUUUUGUAUCAUGCAACUCAUGUAAAUGUCAAUAAAAACUGUUCCACUUGUACAAUAUGAAAUUUUGACAUGUGUGCGACCUGAUGUUUACAUUUUCCAGGUCAAAGUUUUGUUGAUACAAGGCGAGUAUUGACUUAGUUUUGUCCAUUGUUCAUUUAGGUGUGUCCAAAUCACACGGAUGUCAAGACAUCAACACCUUCUUGUUCAUCAUACCCAUGUGUGUUCUCAUUCUGAUUUCAGGGAAAAUUGAAGUCGAACAUGUGAUCAGCAAAAAACUGCAGCUAAAAAGGAAAGCAGAGUGCCUGAAGAGCGACCUGAUGCGUCAGUUUGACAACCAGGUGAAUGACUUCAUGGACAGUCUCAUUGAGGAAUCGGCCAGCUUGGAACCUGCACCUGUAUCUGCUGUGUUUUCACCCCCACUCUCAGACAAAGAGAGGAGCAGACUCAGGCAUUUUCGACCUCCCCAUGGGCAGGGAAAGCAGUUUGUAAGUCGCAGGUCCCUCUUAGAUGAGCUGUUUGAGGUGAACCACAUCAGGACUAUCUAUCACAUGUUUAUCGCUCUGCUCAUUCUCUUUAUCCUCAGUACGGUCGUGGUAGAUUUCCUUGAUGAAGGCAGGCUGGUGUUGGACUUUGACCUGCUAGUCUAUGCGUUUGGACAGUUCCCCCUGGUGGUGUGCACGUGGAUCUGCAUGUUUCUGUCUGCAUUGCUGGUUCCCUACACCCUGUUCCACCUGUGGUCCAAUACCCAGUCUGGCUCUCACAGUCACCCUAAGUUGUACAGUUUGAUGUUUGGAUGUGUAUUCCUUCUCUACCAAGCCUUGGGUUUGGGAUUCCUGCCGACAUAUGUGGCGGUGACCAACAGUUUGCCACCUGCGUCCUGUUUCAUCAUCAUCCUGGAGCAGGUACGUCUUAUGAUGAAAGCCCACUCCUUUAUUAGGGAAAAUGUACCAAGAGUCUUGACAUGGGCUAAAGAGAAGACCAGCCCUGGCCCAGUGGUCCCUCAGGUACCUCAGUAUUUCUACUUCCUGUUUGCACCCACACUUAUCUACAGAGACAAGUACCCCAGGAACCCAGCGAUCAGAUGGGGAUACGUGGCAACAAAGUUGCUUCAGGUACUAGGUUGUCUGUUUUAUGCCUACUACGUGUUUGUGCGGCUCUGCAUACCUCAGUUCCGCAGCAUCAGUCUGCAGCUGUUUGACCUGCGCUCUAUGGUCCUCUGCGUUUUCAACUCCAUCCUGCCAGGAGUCUUGGUUCUCUUUCUGGGAUUCUUUGCUUUCCUCCACUGUUGGCUCAAUGCUUUUGCUGAGAUGCUUCGCUUUGCUGACAGGAUGUUUUAUAAGGAUUGGUGGAAUUCAACCUCUUUUGCCAAUUACUAUCGCACUUGGAAUGUAGUGGUCCAUGACUGGCUGUACUACUAUGUGUAUCGGGACAUCCUAUGGAUGUCUCAGAAGCGUUUCCGACCAGCUGCCAUGCUGUUUGUCUUCACAGUCUCUGCCGUGGUCCAUGAGUACAUUCUUGCAAUUUGCUUUGGCUUUUUCUAUCCCGUGCUCUUCUGCCUCUUCAUGUGCUUUGGAAUGAUGUUCAACUUCAUUCUGCAUGACCAGAGGAAAGGUCCCAUCUGGAACAUAAUCAUGUGGACGUCCCUUUUCCUGGGACAGGGAGUCAUUAUCUGUCUGUACUCCCAGGAGUGGUAUGCACAGCGCUACUGUCCCCUGAAGGAGCCUUCCUUCCUAGAGUUACUGAAGCCUCGCUCCUGGAGCUGUCAAGGAGGUUUGGUGACAGACGCUGACCAGCUGUGACCUACAAUGGCACUACUCAGAGAAAGACCGUUGCUGAUCAGUAUAAACUCAACCAGCCUUUCUGUUACUGUCAUAACUGUCGGCCUUUUGUUUGUUUUAUUUUAUUGCACUAAGGUUAUGAGUCUGUGUGUGAAUGUAUAGAAGAGUAUCUGCCAAAAUGCCAAAAAAACAGCAAAGUCACAAUGAUGCCUUAUCUGUUUUAAGUUUUCAGAGGCAACAUCACAGCAAAAUUACUAGUUCACAUAAAAGUUGUGAACUCCUAUUUUUAUGUACUAUUUAUUUUUCCUUUGCCUUGAUCAACUGUGAAAGCACUCCUUGUGCCAAUAUGACACUGGCAAUAAUGACAUGGCAGCUGAAUGCAAACAUUACACGGUAUAACUGUACGCAGUGCUGGUUAAUAUUUAAUAAGGUUUCAGGUUGCUACUCUGUUAUAAAGGACAUUUAUUGUUUGGAAAGUCAUACAGUAUCCAGAAUUAUAUUUAUUUUCCCUGCCAGUAACAUUCACUUGGAAAACAGUUUGGUCGACAUGGUCACAUGUUGAUGAAGUUACUGAUUAUUUGGGCAUAGAGUUAUUGUGAUACACCUAAAGUCUUAUAUUUCCCAAAUGUAAUUUUUCUUUUUUUAUGUUUGAUCUCCAUCUUUCAAGUCAUGAGUUAGGAGGUUGGGUUAAUUAUAAUUUAGAAAUGACAAUCUCUAAAAGCUCUUUAGUCCAUGAAAUAAGGUGAUGGUUGUGCUGAAGGUAGUUAUAUAUUAAGUGACUGCUGGGUGAAUUAGUAGUGAUUCAAAUCAACUGGUUUCAGCAUACAUCUAGCAUCGUAGAGAAGGUUCCUUGAGAAUGUUGUAUUUUGUCCAUAAUCAUGUUAUGUUAAAGGAUGUGUACAGUUAUUUCAGCUGCAAUAUGAAAUACCUACAGUGGAACUAAGACUGUAAAACUUGCAGCUGGCUGCUAGGAUGUUAUGAUAUUGACAUGGUAUUCAUACUUGAUUUGCACAUAUGAUUAAAUCAUACAAGUAUACAUUUUACAGAGCAGUAACUUCAAUGUCAGGCUAAUGGCAUUUGGCUUAUAAUGUGCUUAUUGUACUUUCAGUCAUUGUGAUUUUGAAGUAGUGCUCUUCAAGUAAUGUUUGUGCUAAGGUUAAUGCUGCCAAUCUGAUAUUUCAAUGCAGGGAUAGUAAUGAGAUUAUGAACAGUGAGAUGCACAAUACAAAGUGGAAAAACCAGCAAAGACUCAGCAGUACUAAAAACACGGAUCACCACAAGGUGGCACUGUAUUAAAAUGUUUAAUUUCAUCCCUCUGCUCAUUAUUUUCCUUUACAGAAUUACAAUUGACAAACACAGGUAUUGGGAAAUAAUUGUAUUAUAUGUACAGAUAAUAGAAAUAAUAUUGGAAGCUAAAACUCCUCAUCUGAGAGAAUAUUUUUCCCCUAUAUUAACGCCUUUGAGAUUUUUCUUAGUAAGUAUAAUAAUUAUAAUAAUGAAGAGUUAAACUGCACAAGUGCUGUUUAUUUAGGUAUUUAUUUUUGGGAGCAGAAUCAAUUAUCAUAUAUGUGUUCAUUGUAAUAUGUUUCUGUUAUUAAAUAGCUUAUUAUGUCACGUGGCAUUUUUAUGAAUCGGUAUAUUUUUGUCUACCAUAGACAAUUGUCUGAUACAUUCCUGAAAGACACAUCAAAGUGUAAGAACUGUCAAAUUAAAAAUAUUUUUUAUCUUUG